AUGGUCGCCUCGCGGGGUGGUGCAGAGCCUGAGAUCGCUGUGCGGGGUCCACGAUUGGUAGAUGCCAGCAUGCCUGAGCCUGAAGCUUUGGCAGUUGAUUCUGAGAGUUGCCAUUUGCUAAGUGGGGGCACUGGUGGUCUUGGCUUACUCUUUGCUGGGUGGCUGGCGGAGAAUGGGGUCAAGCACCUUGCUCUCAUGUCACGCUCCGGGCGUAUCCAGGAUGAUUCCCUGCAGAAGCUCUUUGACAAGGCAUCCAAACUCGCCAACGUCCAGCUCCUCAAAGGAGAUAUCAGCAGUGCAGGAGACGUGGAAGAGGUUCUGGGCACAGCGAACAAGAGCAUGGCCGCCGUUAAGGGCAUCUGGCAUGCAGCAGGCGUUCUUGAUGACCAUCUCAUGGCUGACUUGACCAGUGAGCACUUCGAGCGGGUGCUGCUGCCCAAGAUCACCGGAACUUUGAACUUGCAUAACUCUGCCGCCAGCACGGGUGUAGAGUCGCAGCUGCAGCAGUUUGUGCUCUUCUCUUCGGUUGCUGCCAUGAUCGGCACUGCGGGCCAGGGCAACUACUGUGCAGCCAAUGCCUUCAUGGACUCCUUCGCCAGCUAUCGUUUAGGGAAGAAGCUCCCGGCUGUCUCCGUACAGUGGGGUCCCUGGGCCGAGGUUGGCAUGGCGGCAGGUACUUCCGAGAGUGUCGUGCUCCGUAUUGCCCUUGCUGAUGGAUUGCGUGCCAUGGAGACCAUUCUGGGCGCCCAGCUGGGAGGCCAUUUGGGUGGCGCAGCGGCGGUGGCCGGUGUGGCUCGCAUCAAGUGGCGCUCCUUCCUGUCGCAGAUGCCGGAGGUUCCUGCCUUCCUUGAGAACUUCCAGCAGUAUGCACCAAAAGAUGCCAACAAGGGCGGCAGCCUCGUAGCCAAGGGAGCCGCACCCUCGAAAGAUUUGGUGCGAGCAGGCAUUGAAAAUGUACUCAAGGAGGUCUUGGGAGACGAUUCGCUGGAUGAUUUCUCAGCCCCGUUGAUGGACAUGGGUCUGGAUUCGCUUGCGGCAGUGGAAUUCCGCAACCGUGUCCAAGCAUCCUUUGAGGGGGUGCGGCUCAGCUCCACGGUCAUGUUCGACUAUCCCACUGUCGCCGACCUUACUGACUUUAUCCUGUCGCAGUUCGCUCCUGAAGACGAUGGCGCUGCUGCGGGGCUGGGAGAUGUCGGUGGAGCUCUUCGAGAGCCGUUGUCAAUGAUUGGUCUGGCUGGUCGAUAUCCAGGCAUGUCAGCUCACAAUGACGUGUCUGAGUUCUGGGCAUCCCUCUGCAGCGGUCGGGAUCCAAUUGCGCAGAUUCCCAUCGAGCGCUUUGAUGUUGAUGAGCUGUUUGAAGAAGACCGCUCAGCUCCUGGGCGGGUGUACGUCCGUGAAGGCGGCUUCAUCCCUGGCAUUGAGGAGUUUGACGCGGGCUUCUUUGGAAUCGCAGAGCCUGAGGCCAGAUCCAUGGACACCCAUCAGCGGCUGCAAACUGAGACGGCCUAUGAAAGCUUCUACAACGCUGGAUUCACCAAGGAGACACUCUCCAAUGUGGAGUGCGGUGUGUUCAUGGGUACCCUCACGGGCAUCACUGUGGACUACGACGACAUUGGACCGUUUACCAACAUUGGUUCCGGCCUGUCAGGCAUGUCAGGCAGAAUAUCGCAUGCACUUGGCCUGCGCGGACCGUGCUUCACCAUCGACACAGCUUGCUCCUCAACCCUGGUGGCUAUGGAUUGUGCAGUGCAGGCCUCCCGAUUGGGUCGCCAGGAGCUGGCAUGCGUUGCCGGCACAAACCUGCAGCUGCGUACAGACAUGUGGGUUGGCUUCUGCAAGAUGACUGGUCUGGCUGGCGAUGGACGCUGCAAGACCUUUGAUGCAUCCGCAGACGGCUUCGGCCGCUCUGAGGGCUCGGGUUCCGUGAUCCUGCGCCUAGCAUCGGCUGCACAGGCCAAGGGUGAGAAUGCGAUCGCACUGACAAGGGGAAGCUGCGUGAACCAGGACGGGCGCAGUGCUACCAUCACAGCACCCAGCGGCCCAGCCCAGCAGCGUGCCCUCAGCAACUCGCUUCGGGAUUCUGAACUGAAGGCCCUGGAGGUCUCUCUGGUUGAGUGUCAUGGAACUGGCACGGCACUUGGAGAUCCCAUCGAGGUAGGCGCUCAGGAGAAGAUCUACGGCAAAGACCGGGCGGAUCAGGAUCAGCUGAUUCUUGCUGCUGUUAAGUCCGUCAUUGCGCACUUGGAAGGAGCGGCAGGCGUUGCCGGACUGACCAAGUUGGUGAAGAUGAUGGAGCACAAGCAGGUGCCACCAAAUCUCCACUUGAAGAAGCUCAAUCCGAACAUCGAUCUCUCCAACUUCGCCUGCACGAUCCCUGACAGUGUCCUUGACUGGAAUCCUCCAGCAGGCGCCGUCCGUGUGGCUGGCGUCAGUUCGUUCGGCUUCUCGGGCUUCUCGGGCACUAACUCCCAUGUGAAUCUGCAGGAGGCUCCGCAGGCAGAGCUGGAAGCCGUGUUGCAGGCAGCUGGGGACCGUGCGCCCUUAGUUUGGUCCCGCAACGACUUGUCCUACAAGGAUUGGGCAAAGCAGCUAUGGUCUGCCAUCGCCUGGCAGCCGCUGCCCAUGAGCCAAGCUUCCGUGGACGCAUCCGAGGAUUGGUUGGUCAUUGGUGGAGGUGAUCUUGCAGCUGAGGCUGUGAAGGUGGCCCUGCCUAAGGCCACAAGUGCCACAGUGGCAAGCUUGGCAAGUGGGGGUGAGGCCAAGAAGCUGCUGUCCCAAAGAAGCUGGCAGUGCAUUGUCUUCGCUGAGCCUUUGGUUGCAGACGACCCAACUCUGGAGGGUCCUACUCUAGCAGCUCUGCUGCAUCUGGUGCAGGCCCUCGCAGAAGAUAAGCGCUCUGUGAAGCUGGUGCUCCUGUCUGCUGGCGCACAGUCUGCCUCCGGAUCUGGAAUUGGCCGUGGCUUGUUGGGUGCUUCCUGUUGGGGCUUCAUGCGCUCGGUUCGACUCGAAGUGCCACAUCUGCAGCUUCGGACAGUUGACUUCUCUGAGGACACCGACAUGUCCGCAGUGUUGCCAGCAGAGCUUGCUGCAACAGGAGAAUGGCCAGCAGAUGAGGAGAAGGCAGCUGAGGUUGCAGAGGUCGCUUACAUACAAAGUGAAAGAUGCACCCCACGCCUGAAGCUAACACCGGUUCCACCUGCAACACAGAAGCUGGAGGCAGAUGGUAGCCACAUGAUCAGUGGUGGCUUCGGCGGUCUUGGCCUGUCCAUUGCCCAGGAGCUCGUGGAUAUGGGUGCCAGAAGCCUGCUCCUCCUGUCUCGAAGUGGUCGUGUUGCCAGUGAUGACAAGCUGCAGCAGAUGUUCGCGGAACUGCAGGCAUCGCCUGCCACAGUUCAUGCCUGGUCUUGCGAUGUUGCUGACGCUGCUAAGACGCGCGAGAUGCUUCAGAAGACAAAGUCGCUGGACGUGCCCCUCCGAAGUGUGGUGCAUGCUGCGGGCAUCAUCGACUUCUGUGAAUUGGGGAACCUGACUACGGAGAGCAUGAAUGCCGUCUACAAGCCGAAGGUCUUGGGAGCAUGGAACCUCCAUAGCCAGAUCGGCCUCGCGGGGGAUGACCUGGCAGCCUUCGUGCUGUUCUCUUCCGUGUCCUCCUUGGUUGGUCUGCCAGGAGCUCAGUUGGCAGCAAGAGGUUCGGCAAACCUGACAUGCCUGGAUCUCCCUUUGUCGGAUCAGGUCAUCAGGCAUCACGUACUCCACUUCCAAUGCUUACCUUGA